GUCUGCAUAAAGAUCUUUCACUUCUGUAGAGUAGACGACUUUCUUUCAAUUUAACCACGCAAAGAUCCUCUAUUUUUCCUCGGUGAAUUUCGGGGUUAAGCUGUCUUCUUUUCUGUGCUUUUUUUUUUUGUCUCCGGGGAAUUGAUGGUUUUGGAAGAGAAAAUGGAAGCAGAGUACAUAGAGAGGUUCCACAAGCAUCAGCCUACAGAGUAUCAGUGUUCUUCCAUUGUUACGAACCACAUCAAAGCUCCCACUGAUAUUGUUUGGUCACUGGUGAGGAGGUUUGAUCAGCCACAGAAGUAUAAGCCAUUUGUUAGCAGGUGUACAGUUUUGGGUGAUCUUGAAAUUGGGAGUGUUAGAGAGGUAGAUGUGAAGUCAGGACUUCCUGCUACAACCAGCACUGAAAUGUUGGAACUUCUUGAUGACGAGGAGCAUAUCCUUGGGAUCAGGAUUGUUGGUGGUGAUCACAGACUCAAGAACUACUCUUCAGUGAUUACAGUCCAUCCAGAGAUAAUUGAUGGGAGAGCAGGAACACUGGUGAUCGAGUCAUUUUUGGUAGAUGUGCCUGAAGGGAACACUCGAGACGAUACCUGCUACUUUGUGAAUGCCCUUAUCAACUGUAACCUGAAAGCUUUGGCAGAUGUCUCGGAGAGAAUGGCGGUGCAGGAUGGGAAUGGGAAUGGGAUUGCAUCUACAACUGUGACCUGGGCAUCUAGUGCCUAUAUUAAGCCGUAAAGAAAGGCUUUUGUUUUGAGCUGGGCAUCCACUUUUCCAUUUCAAUCUAAUUAUAGUUCCGAUCCUCUAAAACCUCUGGAGUGGAGUUUCCAUUGUGGUGUAGGUUAAGCUUUUGAAUUAUUAGUAUCUGUAAAUAUAAUAUUAUGCAUAGGAACAUGGAGACACUAUUAUGCCAAUCUAGUGUAGACCGCUUUCCUUAGUUUGAGUAAAUAAUCAGAGUAAUGUGACCUUCCUUUGUGGUA